CUUAACCCAAUUUUGUUCCCCAUCAUCAACCACAUUAAAGUAACACAACAACAGAUUAAAGAAACACCAACUAGAGACAUGUCUGGUUCUUCAACAAGUGCCAUAAUAAACCUCGUGUGAACUGCAACAAUUUCUCUUAUUAAAGAAACACUAAAUCCCUUUUGUGUCCUUACUUUGCUUCCGCUGACUUUGCUCUUUCACAUACACACGCUCUCUCUCUCAGAUAUUUUUUCAAUAUAAAAUCCCUCCAAGCUUCCCAAUUCAUUGAUCUCAGAAAAGAGCUUCAGUAUUUCUGGCACUCCAAUUGAGAAAAGAAUCGAACUUGGAAUUUUCCCAGAGACAUAACCAUGGAGAACGGUGAUGGGUCCCCUCAGGGUCCGGUUACAUGCGGGUCGUGGAUUCGGAGGCCCGACAACCUUAAUCAGGUUGUUAUUGGAAGGUCAAGGCGCGGAAGUUCUUGCCCUUCUCUGCUUCAAAUUUUCUCCUUUGAUCCCAAAACCACUUCUUUGUCUUCCAAACCUCUGACCACAUUUGUGUUUGAAGCAGUGGAUGGUGAUCCAGUUGCUAUUGCUGUCCAUCCCAGUGGGGACGAUUUUGUGUGCUCUCUCAGCAAUGGUAGCUGCAAAUUGUUUGAGCUGUAUGGUAAUGAAACAAAAAUGAAGCUGUUGGCCAAAGAACUGGCCCCUCUGCAGAAUAUCAGUUCUCAAAACUGCAUUACUUUUAGUGUUGAUGGAUCUAAAUUUGCCACCGGUGGGUCAGACGGGCAUAUCAGAAUUAUGGAGUGGCCUAGCAUGAACAACAUUUUGGAUGAACCAAGAGCACACAAAUCUGUGCGGGAUAUGGAUUUCAGUCUAGACUCAGAAUUCCUUGCUUCAACUUCUACCGAUGGCUCUGCAAGAAUCUGGAAGAUUGAAGAUGGUGUUCCUCUAACCACCUUGUCUCGCAACUCGGAUGAAAAGAUUGAACUAUGUCGAUUUUCCAAGGACGGAACCAAGCCAUUCUUAUUUUGUGCCAUUCAAAAAGGCGAUAAGUCAUUGACUGGAGUUUGGGACAUAAGCAAUUGGAAUAAAAUUGGUCAUAAGAGGCUACUUAGAAAGUCUGCUUCAGUAAUGGCCAUUAGCCACGACGGGAAAUACCUUUCUAUGGGAAGUAAAGAUGGAGAUAUAUGUGUAGUUGAAGUAAAGAAAAUGCAGAUACACCAUUAUAGCAAGAGACUACACCUCGGUACAAAUAUUGCAACGCUCGAGUUUUGUCCCACCGAAAGGGUCGUACUUACAACCUCGGUAGAAUGGGGACCAUUGGUUACAAAACUCACUGUACCUAAAGAUUGGAAAGAGUGGCAGAUCUACUUGGUGCUUUUGGGAUUGUUUUUGGCAUCGGCUCUUGCAUUUUACAUAUUCUUUGAGAACUCGGAUUCGUUCUGGAAGUUCCCGAUGGGAAAAGACCAAGUGAGACCAGGGUUUAAACCAAUGUCUAGAGAUCCAGAGUCCUUUGAUGAUCAUACUUGGGGACCACUUGAUAUGUGACCCUCCACUUGCUCAUUUUUUUGAGUUCUUGUUCUUCAAUCAUUCUUGUUGCAAUGUUUCAGUAGCUUCUCAGUCUCAAGUGUCAUCAAACAUUCAUCUCAAGACUUGUAUACUUAGGCACUUCACUUGUAUUACAACUCACACUAGCUAAUUUUAGGAUAAUUCCAUUUUCAUUAUUAUUUUUC